UUCCGGUUAUAACCGGAAGUGAAGCCUGUCUAUCAUUUAGCUUUGUGCUACUGCUGCUCUCAGAGGUUCGUUCCGCGGGCGCGUCAUCAUCUUAAACAGCAGAAAACAUUUAAACGUAACUUUCUACCGGAUAAAGAAUCGUUUCCGCUUGGAUAGGAACGUGUUUUGUUCUCGCAGCUAGCCGUUAGCUUGGGCCGCAGCUAGCCGGAGCAGGAGUUCCUUCGCCUGUUUUAUGUGGCCGCCGCUUCACGGACAUGUUGGACGGAUCUCCGGCUCUCGGCGAUGAGGCAAACAUCGGGAACGUGGAGAACAACAACCCGGGCAAGUUGAUCUCCGGCUGCGAUGGGGGGAACGCGGGGAACCGAGCGAGGCAGGCGUUGCUGAAGAAGGGAGGGAGGAAGCUGCACCUCCCGCAGAAACAGCCGAGGAACAGCCCGAUCAUCCUCCUGUCGGACCGCAACAACAACAACACCGUGACGGCUUCCUCCGCCAACCGAGCCGCGGCGCAGCCCGAGUCCCCGGCCCCGAGCCUGCACCCGCUGCGACCGGGAGCCCGGACGGAGCUGCUGAAACCCAAAGGUGGUCGAUGUGAGCGAGGGGCCGUUCAGCCCGGGGGCCAAGCGGCCCGCAACCUUCCCCGACGCGAUCAGGUGGACCAAAAUGUGAACACCCGGAGCCAGAAGCCCAAACUGGACCAAACACCCGGAGCUUCUCAUGCCACAAAGAAGAGAGAUCACAGCACUCCCAACAAGCCAUCCUCUCUUCACCCGCCUCCGUCAGGAGAGCAGAAGAAACCUCUCCACUCCUCCAACAACGUGAAGAUGGGGAGCGCACUGCCCGCUGAACCUGCCCUCGAGUACCUCAAAGAUGGCGAGAAAGUCUACGCUGGAGCGAAGUUCAGCGAGCCGCCCUCGCCCAGUGUCUUACCCAAACCGCCCAGUCACUGGUUCGGAGAAAACGAGCCUCAGCACAGCAACCAAAGCCGAGAACAGAUGACUGUUCAAUUAAAGUCGCUGCUCAAGGUUCAAGAUUCACCAUGACCACGGUCUGGUUUUUAAAUUGGAGCAAACAUUUCCGAAACAUGAUUAACAAGGAACGCCAACAAUUGAAAAAAUAUAAUCCAGUAAAUAUAAUUUGGCCGUUAACACACUGCAAUACAAUUUAGGGAGUUUUAUCAACUUUAAUGCAAUUUCCCAUCUGCCCACACGCUGCAGGCAUUAGUGAACAUUUUGAAGACGUGUUGUUUCUGGGGAUCUGACGUUCUGUGUAUUCCGGGAGUUUAUUCCCAAUUUUCUGCCUUUUUGUUGCGGAUGAACGAGAAAGUAACGUGUGUUUUCGAGGUUGAUUUUUGGAGCGGACUUGAAAAGCAGAGGAAGUUCGAGGUCGUCUCCAGCAGCAGCACGAGCAGCGCGUGAUGCAAAAUGAUGAGGGCACUUUGUUUAUGAACACUUUGGAUGAGGCAGCCUUGUCUUGAUUGAUGUUUUAGAGCGCUUGUGUAAAUGUACAUAAUAUAUAUGUGUAUAUUUUUCCUUGUUAUUUUAAUUGAGAUUCUAGUUUUGUUACUGAGGGGGGGGGGGGGUUUCAAACAAACAAAAACAGAAACGUUCCCUGCAAACUGAGGCACUUUGUGACGGCUCCGUCCUCGUGAGGCUCAGUGGACGUAAGAAGGACUUUUCUUACUGCUUUGCACUGUAAACACAGAAAAUGGGGAAGACCGUGGGAACCCAAGUCUGAUGUUCCACGACUCAACCAGCCUCUUUGAUGAACUCACCAGCCAGCGAGGAGCAAAGGAGUGGACUUCCAGCUUCUGGUUGCUUUCUUUUUUAAUAUGGCACGGAUAGUGGAUCAAUCAAAAAGAAGCCACGGUCUGAAUUUGACCGGCUGUUUGCUGAAGUUCUUCCUCCUUCUCUGAACUAAACACGAGUCCAGCCGCUGGAGAAGCCUUACGUCGAAUCAGGGAAUGUGAAUCUCACACGGCUGCGGAACGCCUGAGUGAACUGAAGAGAGAAGUCUCCCACCCGCCCGCUGCAGAAAGCCCCGGUCAAGCAACCAGAACGACUUCUCUUUACCUUUAUUGCACUGAUCUAGAGUACGUCCACAUUAACCCGGCUAAAUCUAAAACAUUUUCUUCUCUGCAUGUCCACAUUAAUCCGGAGUUUUUAUACCUUACAAAACAUGUUUUAGUAGGUGAAUCAUUAACGGCUGACAAUGGCUAUAUAACAUGUGGCAGUAUAUCAGAGGUAAAUAACUUACUAAUUGGCGUCUUUAUUGGAGCUGAAAUAAUUUGUCCGUUAACAAAAAUAAUAAUAUGCAACUACUUUGAAGGAGAUAUAUUAUGAUAUAAGAUAUAUAUAUAUAUAAGUAUUUGCCUGUUCUGUUGAUGGUUUUCUGGGAUUUUCCUUUUACCACAGACUUUGGGCUUUUUUAUCUUUGCAGAACUUUUACAUUCACAGAAAAACCUAAACGGUACAAGAGGAUCAACAGAAUCAAAUGUCUGCUUUGAUGCUUCAUUGUUGUCAGAGUCAUUGUCCCAGCCAGGAUUCACUGCUUUCAUUUAAUCAAAACUGAAAUCUUAGAGUUUGAGAGAUCAAUAAUGAGAAUAUUGAAAAAAAAUUGCCUCGGUUAUGAUCAUAAAACUCCAAUUUGAUGAGCCAGCAGCUUCGAACCUCGGGAAUGAGGAGGAACGACCUGUGAGUAACAUGAACAGGAGUAGAUGUCAACUCACGACUAUGAAAAGAGCUUUUGUCGCACAAAAGACAAAGACUAGUGCUCAGGUGUUAAUUGUGGAUGGAGAACUUUAUGAAAAUGACAAGAGAACACAACUGCAUUUUUAUAUGCAAACCUUUUCAAUGAUAACACGGCUUUGUGUGGACGUACUUACUUUGUCUGUACAUGUAUUUUUUUAACAGGGAAUUGUUUGCACAAACUUCAUCUCACGUUCAUUUUCAUUUUCUUGAGAUAUGCUCAUGUUUACCAGGAGAAGGGUGUGUGUUUAAUUUGUCACACGAUCCUCCACGGUGAACCACAUGUAUUUCUUUUCCUAACUGAAAGUGUUUCUGUGGAUUCAGGCAGCUGCUGGGUUUUGUUUCAUGACCUCUGUGAUGUCACUUAAAUGGAAAUAAUUGUAUUAAUGUUGCGAAAACAGCCAUUUUUAUUGCAGUGUUUUAACGUUUCAUUCCAGUUGUAAAACUAAAAUGUUCAACGGCUCAUCUCCAUCUCCCAUAUUAGGACAAAAAGUUUUUAUAUCUAUUAAGAAAAAACUUUAUCAUUCACAUGAUAUCUAAAUUAUAUUAAAAAUAUUGGACACCCCUACAA